GUACGUAUUCCACAUCCCAAAUUGCUAUAUUUGUUGUUUAAAACACCUGGAACCUUGGAAAAAAAUUCAUCGAAACGUGGAUGCGAUGCAAGCAAGUCAGCCGGAAAAGUUGUCAGCACUUACUCUGCAGGCACGCCAAAAGGCAUGACAAACAAAGAACAUAAUAACCAAAAUAUUGAGAAUUUAAAGCGAUAUAGUAAAAGGAAAAAAAAAACAAUUGAAAGAUGUCCACAGAAGAGCAUGUGUGGCGAGCGCAUGUUGUAAAAUGCUUACGCGAACGCAAUCGUAAGGAAUGUGAAAAUUUCAAGGAAAUAAUUGAGCAAAACAACCGACUUAUAGACCAUGUCGCCCAACUAAAAUCGGACAAUCUUAAGUUAUCAGUAGAAAAUGAACAGCUACGUAGUGCAAUGUCAACAGGUGGCACCGGCUCCCAUGUGGCUAUAGCUACUCUCGAAAAAAAGUUGCUAAGUCAACAAGAAGAACUCACAGAACUUCACAAAAGGAAGGGGGAAAACUCCCAGUUGAUUGUUGACCUAAAUAUGAAAGUAGAGCAACAAAGAAUAAUUAUGUCUGAAAGGGAGCACAGCCUUGCUGAGCAACAAACGCACAAUAAUCGAUUGCGUGCAGAGGUCCAUUUGCUCCAUUCGAGCUUAGAAGAACUUAAGAAACUCAACAAUACUCUGCUGGAUGAGCAUACAGCUCUUCAGCUAGCGUUUAGCUCACUAGAGGACAAAAUGCGAGGCAUUCAAGAUGAAAAUCGUUGCUUACUGGAACGCCUAAUGCGUUAUAAGUCAAAAGAUGCCGACAAACUGAAUGAGGAAAAUGAAAGCAUUAUAAGAAAAAGACUGCCGUCAAUUUUCAGGAAACGUUCGGCUAAACUAAAACGUGACCUCGAAGACGCUGUUCGUGAACCGAGUGCGUCAAGUAAUAGUGCGCCUACGGCUGGUAUAACAUCAUUGCACCGUAACUCCACAAGUCCUGCCCAAUUUAUUGGUGGUAUUAUAACUGACGACGACUUUGACGAGGCAACGAUAAAUGGCGCCAUGGAAGCCAUAGGUCUUGAUGAUACUGAAUAUAUAAACGCUCGUUUUACAGCGGGCGAAGUUUGUGAAACAACUCGAGCUUCCAUAGACGCUCUUAAAGCUACAGGUUAUUUAGGGCAAGAAAAUCCGACAAAGAUUCUCUUGAAAUUCGAGGCACAUGAAAACGAGUCGCAUGCAGUACGUUGGAGUCCCGUGGAGCGCAUGGUAGCUACAGGCGGCGCUGAUCGAAAAGUCAAGCUAUGGGAUAUUGGCAAAAAUUCAACAGAGCCACGUGCAGUUUUGAGUGGGAGUAGCGCUGGCAUCAACUCUGUGGACUUUGAUUCCACGGGUGCGUACAUAUUGGGAACAUCCAACGAUUACGGCGCUAGAGUGUGGACGGUGAUAGAUAAUCGGUUAAGGCACACGUUGACGGGCCAUAGUGGCAAAGUAAUGGCCGCAAAAUAUGUACAAGAGCCAAUAAAAGUAGUAACCGGAAGUCAUGAUCGUACCUUGAAGAUUUGGGAUUUGCGCAGCAUUGCUUGUAUAGAAACUAAAUUUGCUGGAUCAAGUUGCAAUGAUCUCGUCACAACAGACAGCCUUGGUUCAACGAUUAUAAGUGGGCAUUACGAUAAGAAAAUUCGUUUCUGGGAUAUACGUACUGAAAAACAGGCAGAUGAUGUCUUAAUGCCGGCGAAAAUCACUUCCCUCGACUUAUCAAAGGAUUGCAAUUACCUCAUAUGUUCAGUAAGAGACGAUACAAUAAAGUUAUUAGAUUUACGGAAGAACCAAGUUAUAUCAACUUUCACAAAUGAAAACUUUAAAAUCAGCUGUGAUUUUGCUCGGGCUUCCUUUAACUCGACUGGUUUAAAAAUUGCCUGUGGAUCUGCGGAUGGUGCAAUAUAUAUUUGGAAUGUUAACGGUUUUUUAGAAACUACUCUUAAAGGACACAGUACAGCGGUAAAUGCGGUCAGCUGGAGCACCAAUAGCAAUUUGCUGGCUUCUGUAGGAAAAAGCAAACGCUGCAUCAUAUAUUCGGACUCCUAGCCCUUUAUAUUGCCGUAGAGGUAAUCAGUUAUAUAAUACUGAAAUACUGAUAGUCACUGUGUACAUAUGUACAUACAUAACAGACAUUCGGAGUCUGUUGUAGAUAGUACAUUUGGUCCUCUGUUGUUAAAGGUAAAUUCCAUGCUGACUUUUUCCUUUUUAAUAAGUUCUUAUAUAUAUUUAAAUGUAAAAAUAGUAAAACUGUGUAUCAAAU